UUUAACAGUCGAGCGGCCGGGCGAAGAAGUGAAAGGCAGCAAUGGACGACGAUGAGGAUGAAGUUCUCCAGAGCCUGGGAGAACAGUCAGAUGACACCAUGGACAUGGAAGAAUUGAAGGGGCAGGUGCCGCUGGGACGAAUGGGUUUGCCCAUACGUAAGAAGAUCGUCAAGCCGUCCGUCGAUGCAGACGGUCGUAGAAGUACCGGGGGUCGGAAAAGGAGGUCCAGCGUAUUCGAGGAAAACGCGUUUCAUGAGAUCUUAAAGGAAAGGUUACAUGACACAAUCCUGCAAGUUGUGCAUAUAGACAAGAGUGAAAUGGACGAAGAUGACGAUGAGGUCUUUGAAGAACCUUUAACAUGGAAACCUAGUCUUGUGAAGCAAAAAAUGGCUAACACCUAUAAAAUGGUUCCAGAUAAAGAAUUUGACUUUGCUGCAGUUGCGAGAAGGGUAGAUGAGCUUUUGGAGGCUAAGCUAAGAGAUAAGGAAAUUCACAAUUUUAGGGCAUUGACUCUUUCCCUUUCUGAUGACAUAAGAGCCAUAGCAAAAGAAUUAGCACCUGAACGGUUCAAAUUAAUUGCUAGAGUUUUCACUGGAGAACUGAAAAAUCAAGGUUUAAUGAUUGCCAGCAGAUUUCUUUGGGAUCCAGAACAUGACAGCUGGUGUGAAAGCCAAUUUUAUACCAGUACAUUUUUUGUUGUGGGAACUGUGUAUGCUGUAUAUUAUGAGUAG